CGGAUCCAGCCGAGCCAGAUCCACGCGGCACGUGACAAGUGACACGACGCUCGCUCACUCCACCCACACUCCCCGGCCGCCGCCGCCGGCCUCGUCAGUCGCAGAUCCCCCAACCACCAGCAAAGCCGCCGCUCACCGCCGAUCGGCCCACAUGGCCGCCUCUAUCGCCGCCGCCGCCGCCGCCGCGUCCGUCUCCCACGUCCUUCCCGCGCCGAAACCCAAGCCCAGAACCCCACCCCGCCUCUCCCUCCUCCCCCGCAGGCGCUCCCGCGCCGCCGGGGCCAUCUCCGCGUCCGCGUCCGCGGCCUCCGACUUCCUCGCCCCGGUCCCGUCCCUCAAGUCCCGCCUCGCCGCGGGCGACACCCUCUACGGCCUCUUCCUCCUCUCCUUCUCCCCUACGCUCGCCGAGAUCGCCGCGCUCGCCGGCUACGACUACGUCGUUGUCGACAUGGAGCACGGGCCGGGCGGCAUCACGGAGGCCCUCACCUGCCUCCGCGCCCUCGACGCCGCCCGCACCCCCGCCGUCCUCCGCCUCCCGGAGGCCUGCCCCGUCUGGGCGAAGAAGGCGCUCGACCUUGGUCCCGCGGGCCUCAUGCUUCCCGCCGUCGAGUCUCCGGCCGCUGCCGCGGAGGCUGUAUCCCACUGCCGCUACCCGCCCCGCGGCGUCCGUGGCGCUGCCUACCCAAUCGUCCGCGCAUCCGCCUACGGCCUCGACGACUCCUACCUCUCCCGCUGCGAGGAUGACACCCUCAUCAUCUGCCAGGUCGAGACCGCCGCCGGCGUUGCGGAGAUCGACGCCAUCGCCGCCGUCGAAGGGGUCGACGUCGUCCAGAUGGGCCCGCUCGACCUGUCGGCGAGCAUGGGCUACCUGUGGGAUCCCGGGAACAGGAAGGUGCGAGCGACCCUGAGGGAGGCUGAGAGGAAGGUGUUGGAGGCCAGGAAGAAGAAGGACGCUGCUCCGAAGACCAAUGCGGCUUACUUGGGUGGGUUUGCGAUGCCCAAUGACCCAGCUGAGCAGCUCAAGCAUAGGGGAUACCAUAUGGUUGCAGGUGCAGUGGACAUUGGGUUGUUCCGGAAGGCGGCAUUGGAGGAUGUCAAGCGGUUCAAGGAGGCGUCAAUGGAGAUUGGUGAAGCAGAGGGCGAGGAGGAGGAUGAGAAGGAAAAUGGAUACUGGAGUGAAUGAGCACUGAGCUUAGCUCACUGGGGAACUGGUGAUGAUUUCGUUUGUUUGUGUUCUGAACUGAAACUUUUAGGGUAUCCAUUUUCUGGACUUUGGUGUACUCUUGUUUAGUCGAUGAUUUGGGUUUUAGGGAGCAAAUCUGUUUGGGCACCUUACUGUUCCCAUUUGUAGGUGGUAAUUGGUGAGUACCUAAUAAAGAGUUGGAUUUUAGUGAAA